GAGAUUCAGGGUAGCCAGAAGGAUUUUAUGUGCAAUAUGGGGAGUAGGCUAACUUUUUAUGGUUUUUGCUUUUGGUGUACGCUUUUAACAACAAUAUUUUAAUUAAAAAUUUGGCUUUAUUUUAUUAAAAAUGUACUGCAUUUAUUUGUACUGAUAAGUAUUAGUGGGUUUUUUUGUUGGUUUUUUUUUUUUUGCUUUAGCCAGUGUAUUAAAAUUUUAGUAUUCAUUGAUAGUAUUUAAAACAUUUUGUGUUCCAAGUUGGAUAAAGCAGUGUUUGCAUUUUGGUUUAAUUUUUUUUAUUUGGUUUUAAAUUAGGCUGUUGUGGAGAAAAAUUAAACACAACAGUUUUAGUUACAGUACAAACACCACAAGACAGAACAUGGAACGCAAAACACAAUUUUUAUUGUGCCAGUAGAUUUAUGGUAUUUUUGGGGUUGCUUUUUAGCAAGCAUUAGCUUUUCGGGGGUUUUUUGAAAGACAAAAAACAUUUUUAUUUUGUGGGAGGGGGACGACAAGUUAUUGCUUAAAAUAUUUUUUUAUAUAAAUACCCUUGUUGAUUGCAGGCAAAACAGAGGAAUUACUCCCAUAUUUUUUGUAUUUGUUUUAUAGGCAGGCCAGGUUUUAGCGGCUUCUACCUUUUAUUAGUUAGGAAAUUUGAAUUAAGCCAGAUGCCUUGUGGUUUGCUUUGGAUUUAAAGCCAUUAGCAAUUUAGACUUUUACUUAAAAGGGACAGCAUUCACUUUUACCAGAGUUUUGAUUCCUUUUUAUUUUUAAUUUUUGCUUUUAAAACACACAGCAAUUUGAAAAGGAAAACACCAUUUAUUGUAGCCCCUUGGUGCCUAAUAGGAUUGUAUGUUUACAUUUUUUUUUAUAAUAUACAUUGCAAAUCUUUUUUUAUAUAUAUAUUUUUUUUAGAUAGCUUUACAUAGAUUACAUUCCCUUUUAUACAUUUGGGGCAGUUAAGUUUUAAUAGAAACCCCUUAUGUUCUUUUAGCUAAUUUAACUAAAAUGUUUAUGGCCAAAUGAUUUUAAUAGUUUUUUUGCCUGGAUUAUUUAGACUUUUUUGGAAAAGGGCUAUUUUUAGAAUGGCUGCAAAGAAAUCAAGAUUUUUUUUUUAAAUAAUUUUUAUAAAGUUUAAUUGCUAAAUUUUUUUAGCCUUUGCAGAGUUAAUUUUUUACUUUUAAAAAAAUAAUUAUUUGCUUAUUUUUAAAACAAUAUUUUAAUCAACUUAGAUUUUACCAUUUUAAUUGUUUUAGGGAUGUAAAUUUCUCAUUCCUGUAAUUACUCCUUUUUUUGUUUUUGCCAUAUUUUUUUUUAUUUGUUGCUUGAUUGCUUGCCUGGGCCCAAUUCUGGUUGGUGGUUCCCCCCUCCCCCCCGAACUGUUCCUUUUUACGGGCACAAGCCUUGUUCCACUACCAAUUUAGCAAGGAGGGUGGGCUUUUUAACUAGCCCCCACCCGUUUUUGUUUUUUUAACAUUUUUACUUACAAGGUUUCAGAGUAGCAGCCGUGUUAGUCUGUAUCCGCAAAAAGAAAAGGAGUACUUGUGGCACCUUAGAGACUAACAAAUUUAUUAGAGCAUAAGCUUUCAUGAGCUACAGCUCUCCAUUGGUGCCACAAGUACUCCUUUUCUUUUCACUUACGAGGGUUACCCGAGUUAUUUCCCAUGAGGCUUGCCACCUGGACUGAACACAUGGCCAAUUGGUGGCUGCAUUUCUCCUCUGGGUGACCAAUCCCAACAUAAAAAUCCUUUGGGAUCCUUGCAGAUGAGGUACUAUGGAAAUGUGUGGGGCUUAUCAGCUUGCUGUAUUCUGCUAACCUGAGUUUUGCUUUUCCAUAGGGUUGAAAAUGGAGACUCCCUCACUGGUUCCUUUAAAGAAGAACCUCAAUGCUGUAGUGGUGUCUGAAAAAUACAACUUGAAGCCGAAGCUGAUAGAGACAGAGCAUGUCCGCCCCUCUGGAGACAACCCACCAGUGGAGAAGAAAUACAAGCCUCUCAACACCACCCCCAACAGCACCAAGGAAAUCAAAGUCAAGAUCAUCCCCGCGCAAUGCGAGUACAUGGAGUCCCCGGUAGUCAGGAUGCCUGGGUUCGGUCCUCAUCGUUGGGGGCAAUGGAGAGCUUGGGUUUCCUGGAUGCCCUUAACUCUGCCUCCAUCCCGGGGAUCAAGAUCAAAAAAAGUCUUGUCUCCUAUGGCAGCCAAGGCGAGCCUGUAUGAAGAAAGCCAGCCCCAGAAGCGAGCGCUGCUAAACCAUCCUCGCCAGAACCGGCUACUGGAUCUGAGCCCAUGGAGGUGGAUCAGCCCGGCACUCCCAUGCCAGCAGUAGAGGUCCCAGAGCUGAUGGAGACCACCUCGUCCGAGCAGAACUCUGACACCAAGCCGCCCGAGAGCGCCGCUGACUCCACGCAGCUCACCAAGAAGGGCAAGAAGAAGACAGUGAGCUGGCCUGAAGAGAGCAAGCUGUGGGAGUACUUCUACUUCGAGCUGGACGAGACUGAGCAGAUCAACAUGAACAAGAUCAAAGACUUUGGCGAGGCAGCCAAGUGGGAGAUGCUGAAGGAUCGGGAGGCCUUUGAGACGGCAAGAUGGCUCAGCCACGACGCCAUGGAAGAGCAGGUUCCCUGGGUUUACCCCAAGCUCAUCGACCUGCCUAGCCCCCUGGUGCAGCCGGGCAGCGGCAGCUGUGAGCAGUUCACCCAAGCCGAGAGGGAGAAGGGCAUCCUGCAGGAGAUCUUCCUGUCCAAGGAGAGCAUUCCAGACAGUCCCCACGAACCCAACCCGCCCAAACUCAUCCCGCUCAACGAGAUACGUCUGGCCCAGUGUUCUCUACCCUGCUUUGGGGGACAGAAGGAGGGGGCCUGUUGUGUUAGAGCAGGGGGAUUGGUAGUCAAGACUCCUGGGUUCGCUCCUCACUGUGGAAGGGGUCUAGGGGUUAGAGCAGGGGGUUCAUUUCCCAGCUCACUGGGGGCCCUCCCCGCUCUGUGUCUGUCUCCCCUGUAUAAACAGGGAUGGGCUAGAGAAGGGCAAAGGCCCAGGAACCCGAGCGCCCAGCCAUGACCCCCAGCCCUAAGGCUGGGGCAUCCUCCUCGCCCUCAGCCUGUCCUGACUCCAGUGUCUCCUCUGUCCCCUC